AUGAGUCCCUCAACGGAGUUCCCUCCAAGAAGCCAGACCUCUUCCACGAAACGUGGUUCUGUCGAUGGCCUUCGGCCCAUGUCAAGCGGAACUAGCGACUCGGCGAAGAAGAGGGGAAUGGGGCUGAAGGAGAUGGAAGCCUCUGUCUCCACUUUGCACAAGCAAAACUUCGAUCUCAAGCUCGAGCUGUUCCACCGACGCGAAAGACAGAGCGUUCUCGAAGAACGCAUCGAGGCACUCGAAACGGAAAAGGCACAAAUAGACAAUGUGAACGAUAAGCUUCUGGACGAGCUGGACAAAAGAGACAAGGCAGUACAGGAAGCGGUCCAGAUGAUCGUCGCUCUGGAGGCGCAAGUUGAGACCAUGUUGAAAGAGCGAGAAAUGGUGCGGCAAGUCGACGCAGCUGCAUACUCCCCGGCGAGCGAGCCUGAAUCGAGGCUUAAUGGACCUACUCCCAAGCCCAAGAUGGCGGAUCUGGCCCGACUUGAGGAGGACGCGAAUACGCUCACUCGCAUGCCAAGUUUCAUUUCGGAUCGUACCGAGAACACCGAGAACUUGCGAAGGGUAUAUCUCAACUCUCACGGCAGUCCUCUCAGCUUGCCUAGGAUCAGGACUGAGGACACGGAUGACUACGAAAACCCUCGGAUUGACACUUUGGUGAGCCCUAGCCUCAGUGUCCUCAGCGAGAGUUCUUUUAUCAGCGUGUACGGAGAGAGGGAUCAGGAUCAGACCAUCGUAGCGGACGAUGCGUCCAUGAUGGAUGGCGCCUCUCCGCACUCCCGACCGCGCAAGCUCUCCAUGGGCAGUGACAACGUUGAGCCGCAGAAGCCCAUAGUUGCGGCACCAUUGAGGCCUGACAGACCUAGUCGUGCUAGCUCAAUCACUCGCACGACAGGUCCCGGUCAGUUCCAGUCGAUUCAGGAUAUCAUUGAUCAGACAUCGCCUCUCCAGAAGCUGGCGCGGCUUGACCGUUCAUACCUCGACAGGUCGCCAACACAGGAACAUCUCUCAUUCGCUAAAAGGGGGCAAACGCAUCAAUAUGUCAAAGACGCGAAACAGGGGACUCUACGUAGGGUCGUGACUGAUGGGCCGGUGACCAGAUCUUCCGACCAGGCUUUUCCUCCGACUCCCGAUACCAUCUCAACAUCAACUCUUCGAAGGUUCAACAACUCCGACGACAACAUUGACCGCAAUCGCAACGUGUCAGGACAGAAAAGUCAACCGUCUGUCUCGGAAAGAAGGUCUGAUGAGGCAGAGCACACGAGAGGCGCUCCGGCUCUCCAGCAGCCUUUGGUUUCCGCCUUUGGUAACGGACCAAUCAGUAGCGCCUUCGACACACGGCCACCCUUGAUUCCUCGCCCUAGGUCGGCAGACGAGAGCACGAUAUCUCAUCACAGAGAGCCUGACUGGGGAUCUGAGACUGAGUCAGUACACUCGCUAGACUCCAGCCUCGAUAUUUGGCUGCAGCAAGGCAAGGACCCCAAGGGCUUUGAACAGAGCAGAAGCAAUUCUCCAGAUCUCUUCAACUUCCCUCCAUCAGGUGCUGGAUGGGCACCUGGCAUGUUUGAGUCAGUUGCGGCCCCGUUUGGCCUCUCUCAGCCAGUGAUCAAUCCUGUCGAUCUCAUGGCAGCGCAAGAAGCCUUGUUCCCAGAUGCGGUCCACCCCCCGCCAGCUCCUAACAGGAGAUCCAGUCUGGGUGCCAAGACCGGGCCAACAUCUCGACACUCUCCUAUCCACGGGAAGCUGCCCACUACCCUCCUCCCUCCGGGGCAGCUCCUCGCGGCCACCGAUUGA